AUGACUGAUCAAGCGGAUCUACAAGUCGUUGGACGCGACGCCCUGCGCUCCGCCGAAUCCUCUCGAUCGCCGUCUCCAGAUCACGAUAAUUGUGCAACCAACACGUUUCGAGAACUCUUGAAUAAGCGAUUCGGUGCCAUAGAAGAUAUAGAAAUUCUAGAUACACCUCCUGCAUUCUCAGCGGUAGACGUUGGUGAUGACAUCGAAGACACUGAAUUACGCUUGUUCGCAUCGCAAAGUGCACCUACGAAAAUUGAUCUCCGCUCCCCCUCACCACCAGGUGGGGAACCAGGGUUCGUACAACCCGAAAGGCCUUUGAGUUACUAUCUUGCAGAGUCACCGUCGGCACAAGACCAAAUAAGGCUGGCUCUAGCAGCUGUGUCUGGAGAGGAAGUUCUCGAUCGCUCACAUGCGAGAUGGGCGGGUUGCGCGCUGCCCUGGAGGGUCCACACUGUAAUCCCCGAAACUAUACUUGGUACCAAAAUACAUAUGAGUGAAUUGCAGAGGAGGAGACGUCCAUCCAAGAAGGCUCGCAUUGCGCUUCGUGCAAAACAAAAGGCGAAACUAAUGAAGGAAGAGGAAGCUAAGAGAGCAGCGCAAGAGAAAGAACAAUAUUUAAGGGAGAAGAAGAGCGCGGAAAAUAGAAAGAAACAAUUGAAGAAGCGUGCAAAAGAGAGAGCGAAGAAAGCCGAGACUGGGAUCGCUGCACGAGAUAUAUCAAUGUCAGCAGAUUGA